CCGCGCGCGGGGUGGGAACGGCGCGUCGUGACGUCAUCGGCGGGCGCCGCGAGCCGCCCGGAGCCGGAAGCGCUGUAGCUGGUGCCCGGAGCCACGUGCGGAGCCACCCGGAGUGGGAGCCCGGCGAGCGUCACCGGUGAGACCCGGUCCCUGGCACCUGCCAGACAGCAACACCAUGAGCUUCGUGGCAUACGAGGAGCUGAUCAAAGAGGGUGACACAGCCAUCCUGUCACUGGGCCAUGGUGCAAUGAUGGCGGUGCGUGUGCAGCGUGGCGCACAGACACAGACCCGGCACGGCGUCCUGCGGCACUCCGUAGACCUCAUUGGCCGCCCCUUCGGCUCCAAGGUGACUUGUGGCCGAGGUGGCUGGGUGUAUGUGCUGCACCCCACCCCUGAGCUCUGGACGCUGAACCUGCCACACCGCACCCAGAUCCUCUACUCCACUGACAUUGCCCUGCUCACCAUGAUGCUGGAGCUUCGGCCUGGCUCUGUGGUCUGUGAGUCUGGUACCGGCAGCGGCUCCGUGUCCCACGCCAUCAUUCGCACCAUUGCGCCCACGGGCCACCUGCACACGGUGGAGUUCCACCAGCAGCGGGCGGAGAAGGCGCGGGAGGAGUUCCAGGAGCACCGCGUGGGCCGAUGGGUGACCGUGCGCAACCAGGAUGUGUGCCGCAGUGGCUUCGGCGUGAGCCACGUGGCAGACGCCGUCUUCCUGGACAUCCCCUCACCUUGGGAGGCCGUGGGCCAUGCCUGGGACGCCCUCAAGGUCGAAGGUGGGCGCUUCUGCUCCUUCUCGCCAUGCAUCGAGCAGGUGCAGCGCACGUGCCAGGCGCUGGCGGCCUGUGGCUUCUCGGAGCUGAGCACCCUGGAGGUGCUGCCCCAGGUCUACAACGUGCGCACCAUCAGCCUGCCUGCGCCCGACCUGGGGGCCAGCCCGGGUGUGGAUGCCGGCCCCUUCCGCAGCGGCACGCCCAUGAAGGAGGCCGUGGGCCACACGGGCUACCUGACUUUCGCCACAAAGACCCCGGGCUAGUGAGCCGCCACCAGGAGCUCCGGGGAGCUGGGAGCACCGCAGGCCAGACGGGAAGCAAGGCUCGGCCAGAGGCUGCCUUAUAUGGGCAGCGGGCGCCUGCCAGGGCCUGUGUUUAGAAACAGAUGGAUGGUGGGGCAGGGCUUGGGGGCCCCCUGGGUGGCUGAAGGGGGACUGCCUGGUGGAGGUGCAUCCAGUCCCUGGUCCCUGGGGAGGGCAGCCUCCCACUGGCCUCAGUGUCCUGCUGCUAUUUGUAGCCACAGGCAGUUUCCACUGCCUUAGGCUCCUCCGGACGUUGAGGCCCGAGGCUGCAGGUGGCAGCCAGCCUGACCCUUUCCUGGUGGCCCUUUGUGGGGAAGGGGGUGGGGGAGCAAAGACUAGGUGGGGGGGGCCAGGGACAUCCUCCGGCAAGGGCUGUGGCCUGGCUCAGUGCCUCCCUGGGCGGGCUCAGCACCCAGUGAGAGGUGACCCUGCUGUGUGGCCUCAGGCCUGACCCCACCCCAUUAGGCACUGCACAGGCCAUGUGGGAGUGUCUCCAGUUCCCUCCUGUCAAAGGGGCAGGGAGAAGCCCUGCCCACCUUGCUUCUCCUGCCCCUGGGAGGUGUCUUCUUGGACCCUGGCCCAGCCAGGGCCCCAGCUGUGUGGGGAAGUGAGAACACACAGCAUCACUCAGAAGAGCUGAGCCGGAUGGGGAUGUGCUGCGGGCCGUCAGCCAGUGCCUGUUGGAGUUACUCCGUGCUUCUCCCUCAGGGGCCCUGGGGUCACAGGGGUGAGGGGGUGUAUCCAGGACACAGGUGGCCUGGCCUGGCCUGGCCUGGCCUGGCUUGGCCUGGUCUCCAGCUCUGGUGUGUGGCUGGCAUUGUACAAAGGGCCUGGGUGUUCCCAUGGCAGGCGGGAGCCCCAGGGCACUCUGCUGGCAUGAGGCUGGCCCCUGACCAUGCUUGGCAGAGAAAUAAACAUUGUUGCCCCACUGUGCUGACUGGUCCCCCUGGUGCCCCAUGAGGCUGGAUCUCCAAUCCCCACACCAACGCCCAGGCUGGCCCUCCCCGCACGUGACCCUCCUGGCCCCUGCUCCUUCCUUUCCCAAGGCAGACGCCACAGGGGCUGUGGACUCCAGGACAAUGGCCUGGGACAUGGCGGACAAAGGGGUGAGUGUGUGGCCACCCCCACCCAGCUGCAGAAAGGGCCACUUGUCCCUGGGAAGGGUGGGGCGGGGGAAGGAGAAAGAAUCCCUGCCUGUGUGUGUGUCUGUGUCCGCCCCGAGCCCGGGCCCCUCCCUCCACAGCCCCGUCUGGACACCUGGGUUGCCUCUUGUGCUCCCUAAAGGGCCCAGAACCCAAGAAGGACCGCCCAGCCCUGCUGUCCUGGCCCAAGGCCACCACUCAGGCUUUGGGGGUUCUUGGUUGGGGGUUCUUGGAGGGGCACCAUGUAACGUGGACCUGCGAGACCAGACUGGUGGCAGCAUCACAGGACCAGAGGUGCCUCCUGUCUCGGGGCAAGACCUGUAUCCCCUCAGAGACCCUAGGGUCCCUGGAACCACCAGCCCUGCCCCAGGGGUCACCUGCAGGGACCUGUUCUGACCUCUGACGAAAUGUCUAGCCUGGGGGACAGAGGAGGGGCCUGGACUCUCCUUGGCCUUCAGGAAGGGCCCAUGGGGUGUCUGGCGUAGGGUGCAGUCCCGCCCCGCAGGUCCCACUGUGUCCAUUUUCCAGGUGGGGCUUAGGCUGGCCUCCUAGGCUAUGGCCCUGGGUGAGUCACUGGGUCUGUGUGAGCUGGAAGGGCAGUGGGAAAGCCCAGCCCACUGGAGGAUGGGUGACUGGAAUGGGGGCUACCAGGUGAGGAGUCAGGAGACCUGGAUCCCUGUCCCUGCUUGUAGUUGCACUUGGCACAGACCCAGCUACUCUUAAGGAUGGACAUCCCCCUCACCCUCAGCUGUGCUGCCAACCCUGCGCGUGAGCCUGUGGUUCCACUAGGCCUCUGGGCAUCUGUCCCACCCCAGAUAGCUGGCCAGGCCCAGCUCAGCCUUAGCCUGGGGUCCUGCCAGGCUCUGAGCCAGCAGUGAACUCCUGUGCAUCCUUCAAAGCCCCACUCAAAUGUUUUAGUUUCUCCCACCACCUGCCCCUAGUCAGGAGCAUCUUGCUUUACCAUCUGCUCCCACACAUCCCAUGCUGGUGAUCACCCCUGUAGGACUGCCCCCCACCUGUGAGCCCCUGCAGGCAGAGGAGCAGAAGCCAAGCAGUCCCCCAGUUCUGCAGGUGGAGAGCUUGAUACCCACAAAGGCAGGACCCAUGGUGAGUGAGUGGCCCAUCAGCUGGUCAGUGACAGUCACCUCCUCAAGUCAGUAGCUUGGGGCUGGUCACAAGGACAGAGACUCACCCGGAAACUCCCUGUCCAGCCCCAGACAUGCACCCCUGGCCUUCCGUUUUUCCUUGGAAAUUCCUACACCAGGCCUGGCCUGAGUACCUGGCACAUCUGACUGCCUCCGCCAAGGCCCCUACUCCCAAGUCGAAGCCCUAGAGACAGGUGGCCUCUCAGCAUCUGCUCUGAGGGCCCUAGGCCAGGAUCCCGCCCUGGGGCUGGAAUUAGAGUCCUGCCUCUCAGCACCUCCUCCUGGAAGCCCCCGGGGCCUGGCCUCCUCAGCCCUGGUGUGUGCUGCUCCUGGCCUCACGCUCACCUGCCUCAGAGGGGCUCUACCCUGUCCCCAGCCGGGGGUGGUGUGGGCUGGGGGCCCAGAGCCAGUUUGGGGAUGGGUAGUGGGUGGUGUGAGGGAUGCCAGGCCCCCAGAGGCUGUACCCUGUCUAGCAGAGUAUGACAAGGAGGGUGGUCUGCCCCAUGAAGACAGGGCUUCCCCACGCCUGCCCCUCACCCCUGUUGUCUGCUGCCUGCCCCCCCUUCUCUCUGUCUGUGCUCUGGGGAUGCCUGUUCUCCAGCCUGGCCCAGUAGGCAAUGCAGCUCCUACCCUACCCCAGCCCACUGCACAGGGGCGAGAUUUCUGCUGUAGUCAUGGAAGACUCCUUGGAAGAGGUGAUAGUCCUGCAGGGCCUGGAAAGCCUGCUGGAAGUGGGAGGAAGUGAGCAGGAGGCCUGCCCAGGCGGGACAGCUUCCCGCAGGCCCGGGAGAAUGAGGUGAGGAGCAGCUGCUCUGGAGUGUGAUUGGAUGCAGAGGGCGCCAUCUCCACCUCCUCCUGGGCUGGUAACUGCCUGGCCUGUUUGCAAGGCUGCUCUAAGUACCGGCCGGUCACUGGACCCAGCGCCCUGUUCUGCCCAGGGGUUGUUGGGCUGACAGGUCAGCCUGGGGUGUCCCUGCCUCCUAUCAGGGCCUCAGGUGAGAGGGUUCCCAGAAGGUAGCCCUCCUGGAGAUCUUGGCUCCUGAUGCCCCAGGAGGGAGCAUGCAGGUGGGGUCCAGGUCUCAGGAUGGCCUCGUCACCAGCCUCAGGGGGUGCCCUCACCCAGCAAAUGUGGGAAAAGCACCCACCAGCAGCCUCGUGGCACUGAGGGCCCAGAGGGAGCCAGGUGCGGACAGGGAAGAUGAGGUGUGCGUGGCCAGAGCAAAGCAGGGAAAGCGGGUUGGACCCUGUGCUGUGGGGAUCAAGACUGGGAGGCCCCUGCAGUCACAGAGGGACAAGGGAUUUGGACUCGGUCCUGCAGGGCAGCCUAUCCUCAGAGA